UACGGAGAUACGAAGAAAAAAGAGCUCAUUCAUCAGAAUUUGAUCACAGCCUCAGAUUUUCUUCCGUUGUUUGUGAAAGAAAAGCAGUUCCACUAAAAAAAAUCAGAGACCGUUCGUUUCUUUCUUCUCAGUUAUCUCUCUCUCUCUGCGAAGAUUAGGAGAGUGAAAUGAGGGGUAGAAGUUACAGCUACAGUCCUUCACCACCAAGGGGUUAUGGCCGAAGACGUCGUAGCCCCAGCCCUAGGGGCCGCCAUGGAGGUCGUGGUAGAGAUCUUCCUACAAGUCUCUUGGUUCGGAACCUUCGCCUUGACUGCAGGCCAGAAGAUCUACGUGGACCAUUUGGGCAGUUUGGCCAGCUCAAGGACAUUUACUUGCCCCGAGAUUAUUAUACUGGGGAGCCUCGUGGCUUUGGGUUUGUGCAGUAUGUAGACCCGGAUGAUGCUGCAGAUGCAAAAUAUCAUAUGGAUGGUCAGAUUCUUCUUGGUCGUGAAUUGACAGUUGUAUUUGCCGAGGAGAACAGAAAGAAACCUGUGGAAAUGAGGGCUAGAGAACGUGUUAGGAGGCGGUCUCCACCUCGCUACUCUAGAUCACCACGCUAUGCACGAGCUUACUCUCGUAAUCCAGAUUAUUAUUCCCCUUCCCCUAGACGGAGGCGUUACUCAAGGUCGAUUUCACCUGGAGACAGAAGGUAUAGGGAGCGGUCUUACUCAAGGUCGCCUUAUGUGUCAAGGAGGCAGAGCAGGAGCCAAAGCCGAAGCCGAAGCCAGAGCUUCAGUAGGAGCCGCAGUCGAAGCCAAGAUUACUCUUCUUAAUUAGUUAAUAGUAGUCUAUAAUAGUAUUGUGUUAAAAGCAAAAAUUCUAUAUGUUACAAGUUUGAGUUCAAGCAGCUUUGCUUUGAUGUACUAUCAUUAAUUGAUCUCGGGGGUCACCAGUGUUGGUGAUUUGGUAGACUCUUGCAGACUAGCUAUCGCACUCUUUUGGCAGUGUUUUAAUUGUACUGAUGGUACAAAAAGGUCUCUGAUUUAUUUGGCUAAUCAUGGUACUCGGGUUUUUAUUCA